AUGGCGCUGCCACAGGCAGUCGAGGCCCCCGACGGAAGGGGCGACGCAACAGAGGCGGCCGCGCCGUCGCCGGCCGCAGCCUCCGACGAGCAACAAGCGGGGCAGUGGAGGGAGGUGGCCAAGCGAGACUCGGAGGAGCUCAACCCCUUGAGCCUUGCCCACCUGUUUGCAUGCGACCCCGAGUGCGCUGCCAAGAACAAGGAGCGGCAACAGCUGUCAAGGGCACUGCAGUUUGCGGGAUCGCAGCUUGAUCACGAGCUGGAGCUCAAGAAGCUGCAGGUUUUUGUGCGCAUUCGACCGUCGGUGGCGGCGGGGGCGCCGCACCCGGGGUGGGAGCCCGAGAACUGCGUACAUGCCACCUCCAAGUGCUCCAUCGCCAUUGCGCCACCACGAGGCAGCCAGGCCUACAAGAGUGGCGACCGGGGGCAGACCUAUUCCUUCUCCCGUGUCUUUGACUGCGACACCAGCCAGCAGGCGUACUACGAGCAGACGGCAGCGCCGCUGGUGCGCGACCUGCUGCGCAACAAGCAGCACAACAGCGUGAUGAUGGCGUACGGCAUCACGGCGGCGGGCAAGACGUACACGAUCGAGGGGACGGGGGAGCAGCCGGGGGUGAUGCCGAGGGCGCUGGUGGAGCUGUUUGAGGGGCUGGGCAGCCAUGCAGAGCCCAUCGUGGCACGCGCCUCAUACUACGAGGUGUACAACGAGCAGAUCUAUGACUUGCUGGAGGAGCAGGGGCCAGGGCUGCCACUGGGGCCGCGGCCCACGCUUCGCCUUAAGGAGGACACCAUGGGCCGCGUGUUUGUGGCGGGGCUGUCAGAGGUGGAGGUGAGCAGUGCCAGCGAGGCGCUGGAUCAGCUGCGGCGGGGCUCCCGCCAGCGCCAACGCGCCGAGACGGGGCUCAACUACAGCUCCUCCCGCUCACAUUCCAUCUUCACGGUGACGCUCUACCACCAAGGCCUGGCGGUUCACGCAUCGGAGGGGACCGACGGCAGCGACGCUACGGAUGAGAAGGAGGCGGAAGCGGGCGAGGAAAAGCUGGGACACAUUUCGUUUGUGGACCUGGCGGGAUCUGAGCGGGCACAGCGCACUGGAAAUGUGGGAGUGCGCCUCAAGGAGAGCGUGGCGAUCAAUAGCAGCCUGAUGACGUUGGGGCGCUGCCUGGAGGCGUUGCGCUGGAACCAGCAGCACAAGGGCAGCACCAACCUGCGCGUGGUCAUCCUCAGCGUCAAUGUGUCGCCUGUGUCCAAGGAUUAUGAUGAGACCGCGCAUGUCCUCAAGGCAAGGGCGGCCAGCGCGGUUAUGCAGUUUUGCCAGAUUGAAUAUGCAGCGCUGGCCACCCAGAUUGGCACCAUUCAGCAGGCUGAAGCGCCCCGGCGCACCAUCAAGGCCGUGUCGCCCGCCAUCAAGAAGGUCAAGCGCAAGGCGGCGCUGCCGGCAGAGGCGCGCGGGCAGGGCGCCAAGGCGAAGAAGGCAAAGAAGGCGGAUCCAGCGGCGCCCACUGUGACCGACCUUGUCGCUAUUCCAGAGGAGACAGAGCUGGCUGCCGAAGGCACCCAUGGGUCGGAAGGCUCUGGGCCUACUGGACAUGCUGCUGUGGCGCCGGAAGGUGCCACCAGCACAGGACAGACAAUGGACCGGCUCGGAGAGGAGGCUGGCGAGGGGAAGGACAUGGCAGCUGCUGAGGAUAGCGGCGGCUUGGGCGAGGUGGAGGCGGGGACAGAGGAUGGUGAACUUUAUGAUGGCGAGUUUGGCACGCCUUCCACGCCCCUGGCAGAAGAGGACGAGGCAUCGGCGGCCCUGCAGGCCCAGGUGCAGCAACUGAUUGCAGAGCUGCAGAAGGCCGAGGAGCGGUGUGUGCUGCUGGAGGCUGAGGUGCGGGAAGAGGUAGCAGAUGAGAUGGCGCAGCUGCUUCGAGACAUGGAGGAGAGCUACCGGCAGCGGCUGGAGGCGGAGGUGGCUGCGCUAGAGAAGAAGCAGCCCGGCAGGGGCGCUGGGGCAGGUGCCGCCGAGGGUGGCAGGCGAGGCAAAGGGCGGGGUGGCAAGGCAGGCAAGGACGAGCCCACCCCCGACGCCAGCGCUCUACAGCUGGCUGCUGCACGAGGCCAGGCAGCCCAGGCGAUCGCCGAGGCGGAGCAGCUGCGGCACCAGGCUGCCGCAGCCGCGGCGCAGCUGGAGGAGGCCCACCAGGAGCUGGCCAAGCUGCAGGAGCAGGCGGAGCAGCGACAGUCGCAGGCAGCAGAGCAUGCCGCAGGCCUGGCGGCAGAAGUUGCAGGUGCUCGGCAGGCAGCGGCGCUGGCGCAGGAGCAGCUGGCGGCAGAGCACACACGUGUCGCUGGGCUGGAGGCUGAACUCGUGGCUGUUCGGCAGCAGGCAGAUGAGGCACAGGCCAGCCUUGCCACCGAGCGGCAGCGGACAGGCUCACUAGACGCGGAGCUGAUGGCGGCCAGGCAGCGGGCGCAGGAGGCGCAGCGCCAGGCAGAGGGCGCCCAGCAGCAGGCAGCUGCCCUGGAGGCAGAGCUGUCGAUGCUGCGCCAGUCGGCGGACAGCAGCCAGCUGCAGGCCUCUGAGCAGUACGAGGCGCAGCUGCAGGAGGCGGUUACGCAGAUCGAGGCCAACCGCGGCAUGGAGCUGGAGAUGGCAGAGGAGCAGGGGGAGCGGCUGCGCAAGGAGAACCUGGCCUUGCAGCGGCGCCUGCAGGGGGCGCUGGCGGCGCUGGCAGCUUGCGGCUCGCCGGUGACGGGCCCAGGAGGCCUGGCGGCCCGUAUGGCCCAGGCUGCGCCAGAGGGCAAUGGUAGGGGGGCAGGAGGCACGCCUCACGACGUCGCCCUAGCCCGUGCUCGGCAGGCGGCAGCGGCAGAUGACCUGGCGGCAGCUGCGGCGGCGGCAGCUGCGGGAGGGACCACGCAGCCCAGGAGCCGCAGCCGUUUUGCCGAAGAGGCAGAGGCCGGCGGCAACGUGACUGAGGAGCAGGCGGCAGCCAAGGCGCCACUGACUGCGCCUCCGACUGUGCCAGAGGAGCGGCAGCAGCAGGACGCCGCCAAACCUGCGCCUCGGCCACGAGGCAGGCCCAGAAAGGUGGCGUUUGCUGUCCCGCAGCAGCCCCAGGACGAGGCGGGGGCGGUAGCAGCUCAUGAGAAGCAGCGGCCGGAGGAGCAGCAGGUAUUGCCGGCAGCUGCAGCAGCCCCGGCAGAGUCGCGGCGAGUGCGGCGCAUGACGCGGGCUGCUGCCGCUGCGGCACCAAUCGUCGGCAUCGAGCCCAUUGCACCUGAACCGGCUGCCGACGAGCCUGCAGCAGCCAUUGAGCAGGCCAAGGCCAGGCACGGCUGCCGCCGCACGCAGGCGGCACCACCAGCAGCAGAGCCGGCUGGUGGGGUGCCGCCUGUCGAUGAUGUAUCGGCAGCUCCACAGAUAGAGCAGCAGCCCAAGCAUGGGCCUGCCGCGCCGCUGUGUGAUGUGCCGGAGGAUGAGGAUGUGCCGCUGAUGGCCAGCGUGACCUUUGAGCAGGGCCCUGCAGCCACCGCCCAAGCGGUGGUGGUGCCGGCAGCGGCAGUGGCCAAGCUAUCGAUGCAGCAGCGGCGCAGGGGCAGGACUCGUGCCAACAAGGAGAACAGCGGCAGGCAGUCGGCACAGGGGCUGCCGGGCGCUAGCAAGCCAUCUGACAUGUUAGAGGAGCUGGCGGGCGGCAGGCGGCGCAAACGGCUUCUGCCCGGCGCACCCAUGAGCACCGAGAUGCGGGCGGCGCUGGGAGAGACUGAGGACUCGCUCUCGCUGCGGCAGCACGUGGCAAAGAAGCAGGCAGCUGGCGGCACUGCCCCUGAGGCGGGCGGCAAGCGCAGCCGCAGGCAGACGCAGUUCUUUAGGCUGUGA